AUGCCAAAAAUUGUAAUCAUUUCAACGCAAGCCGCGCCUACUUUUAAUGAUUUCAAGAUGACUGCCUUCUCAGAACUUGGGGUCAUGCCAGAAAUAAUACAAGCGCUAGAAGAAGUGGACUGGCUCCUCCCCACUGAUGUACAGGCAGAAGCCAUUCCACUCAUACUAGGAGGUGGGGAUGUACUAAUGGCUGCUGAGACUGGGAGUGGAAAGACAGGAGCAUUCUCACUCCCUGUGAUACAGAUAACAUACGAAGCAUUGAGAGAUGAGAAAAUGGGCGGGAGAGGCCAGAGCAAGAUCGAACAAUCAGCUACAGUUGGACUCAAUCCCCAUGACAGAGGAGAGUCUCUAGCCAUAUCACCUGAUGGUUUACUGUGUCAGUGUCGUGAGCAUAAGCAAUGGCAUGGCUGUAGGACUAACCUUGGAGUAAAUGAAGGUAAAUAUUAUUAUGAGGCUACAGUAACUGAUGAAGGAUUGUGUCGUGUUGGAUGGUCGACCCAGCUUGCCUCACUGGAAUUAGGCAAGGACAAGUUUGGGUUUGGGUUUGGAGGAACUGGUAAGAAGUCCUGGAGCAACCAGUUUGACAGCUAUGGAGAGUCUUUUGGUAAAGGUGACACCAUUGGCUGCUAUAUUGAUCUUGAGAACGGUUCCAUCAGUUUUAGCAAGAAUGGCAGCCUGUUUGGGAAAGCUUUUGAUAUACCUCAAGGACUCUCUGGUGAGACCUUCUUUCCAGCUGUAGUUUUAAAGAAUGCUGAGAUGAGGUUCAAUUUUGGUGACCUUCCAUUUAAAUAUUCACCAAAGAAUGGUGGGAUUGAACCUUUCAGCAAAGCAAAGAAUCUUCUUUUAUCAUCACCAGUAGCCAAACCUAAGAAGAAAGGAGGGACACGGACACCCUCAGCCAUAAUAAUUGAACCUGCUAGGGAGCUAGCACAACAGACACAUGAUAACAUCAAGCAAUUUAGUAAAUACGUCCCUGCCCCUGGAAUAAGGGUAUUGCUGCUAGUGGGAGGAGAGAGUGUAAAGGAUCAGAUAAAGGCACUCAGUGAUGGGGUUGAUGUUAUUAUUGGCACACCUGGAAGAUUAGAAGAUCUCAUUAGCACAGGGAAACUUGAUCUAGCAUCUGUUCGGUUCUUUAUUCUGGACGAAGCUGAUGGUCUCCUUACCCAGGGACAUAAAGACCUAAUUCACAAAAUAUACUCUAAAAUACCUCAAGUCUCUCCAGAAGGAUACAGACUGCAAAUGAUAGUUUGCUCUGCUACUUUGCACAACAUUGAAGUCAAGAAGUUAGCAGAGAAAUUGAUGCACUUCCCUACUUGGGUGGAUCUGAAAGGGCAAGAUAGUGUCCCUGAUACUGUUCACCAUGUUGUCUGCCAUGUUGAUCCACUGGCUGAUAGUAGCUGGCAUAAACUGAUAAAGACUUUUCAGACUGAUGGCAUACACUUUAAUGAUAGAACUGGUCCUGGAAUGAAGUCCCAAGAGGCAUUGUCUGAGGCUGUGAAGAUACUUAAAGCCGAUUACCUGGUGAAGGCAAUCAAUGCACACAAAAUGGAUCAAGCUAUUAUAUUCUGUCGGACGAAACUCGAUUGCGAUAAUAUUGAGAGAUAUCUUCUGCAUUUAGGAGGAUCUGGUAAAAUGGUCAAUGAGUAUUCUUGUGUCUGCCUUCAUGGUGAUAGGCGUCCUCAGGAGAGAAAAAAUAAUUUGAAUUCUUUUAAGACUGGUGAGGUUAGGUUUCUCAUAUGCACUGAUGUUGCUGCAAGAGGAAUUGAUAUCACUGGAAUACCUUUUGUUGUUAAUGUUACAUUACCAGAUGAUAAACAGAAUUAUGUUCACAGGAUCGGUAGAGUUGGACGUGCCGACAGAAUGGGACUGGCUAUAUCACUUGUGUCCACACAAAAAGAAAAGGUGUGGUAUCACUCCUGCCCAAGUAAAGGGAAGAAAUGUAACAAUGUGCAGUUGGUUGAAAAUGGCGGAUGUGCCAUCUGGUAUGAUGAGAAACAGUAUUUGUCUGACAUUGAAGAUCACCUUGGAGUCUCGAUACCCACAGUGAGUUCUACGUUUGAGGUUCCCACCAAUGAGUAUGAUGGUAAAGUGACUUACGGGGAGAAGAGGAAAGAAGGCGGAGUGUUGUAUGAUAACCACACUGAGCUGCUAGCCCCUUCAGUACUGGAGCUAUCUAAACUAGAAACAACCGCACAGCACACCUUCAUUACAUCACUCAAGGGACACUGGUAAUAUGGACAAUGGGCACUGGUAAUAUGGACAAUGGACACUGGUAAUGUUAAUAGUUGAUACUGGUAAUAUUGAUGAUUAAUACUGGUUUUUAAUUAUUGGAAUUCACAAUUGAUGGCAC